UGUACGCGACUCGCGCGAAAGGAGGAAGGAGUUUGUAUUCUCUGGUAUUGUUGUAGCCAACAACCAACAUCUAGAGCUGGAGAGGAGCGAUCGUUCACCGCUGCCUUCCAUCGGAUCGGCUCCACAGUCAGUCUUGACUUUCACUUCCCACUGGAUGGAAGCAUACGAGAGCCGUGGGUGUGUUAUCAGUAGUACUUCGAGUGUUUUGUGAAUUUCGGUUUUUGUUGUUCUGUUGCGAUGGCCAACCUGGAUGCCCUGAAGACGAGCCUGGCGAAGCAUGACCAGGAGCAGUUGCUCCAAUAUUGGGAGGAGUUGGACGAGGAUCAGCGACGAUUGCUAACCGAGGACAUAGACGAGUUGAACCUUGAAGAGGUGAAUGAGUUCUUCAAACGUGCCACAUCGUCACUAGAGGAGGGCAAUGCAAAACUGGACGAUAAAAUGGAACCAGUGUGUGAGGAUAAGUUUCUUUCCAUCUCCAGAACAUCCGAGGAUCAACUAAAGAAGUACCAUGAAGAAGGAUUAAGGCAAAUCGCGGACGGUAAGGUUGGUGUGCUGCUCAUGGCCGGAGGACAAGGAACGAGAUUGGGAUUUGCCUUUCCUAAGGGAAUGUUCAACGUGGGACUGCCAUCGAAUAAAUCACUGUUUCGUAUCCAAGGUGAGAGGAUUUUGAAACUGCAGAGGCUGGCCGCUGAACUGACGGGGAAAACUGGGCGAAUUACAUGGUACAUUAUGACCAGUGAGCAUACAAUGAUUCCAACGAAGAAAUACUUCGAAGAGAACGAUUACUUUGGCCUCAAAGCGGAAGACAUCAUGAUGUUUGAACAAGGCAGUUUGCCCUGCUAUGACUUCGAGGGGAAAAUUCUGCUGGACGAGAAGCACCGAGUCGCAAAAGCCCCCGAUGGUAAUGGGGGGUUGUAUCGUGCUUUGCGUGAUCGUGGCAUAUUGGACGACUUGGAGCGACGAGGAGUGCUCUAUUUACACGCUCAUAGUGUUGAUAACAUACUGAUAAAGGUCGCCGAUCCCGUCUCCAUUGGUUAUUUUGUCGAACAGAAAGCUGAUUGUGGCGCCAAAGUGGUCGAGAAGUCCCAUCCAAACGAGGCUGUCGGAGUUGUUUGUCAGGUCGAUGGCAAAUAUCAAGUGGUGGAAUAUAGUGAGAUUACUCAGAAGACAGCCGAGCUACGUAAAGACGAUGGACGAUUAGUCUUCAAUGCUGGUAACAUUUGCAAUCACUUCUUCACCACCAGCUUUCUGCGUAAAAUUGGCACCACCUUCGAAAAGGAUCUCAAAUUACACGUAGCUAAGAAAAAGAUUCCAUUCAUCGAUUCCACAGGAACACGCUGCACUCCCGAUAAGCCAAACGGUAUUAAAAUUGAAAAAUUCGUCUUCGACGUGUUCCAGUUUGCUGAACAUUUCGUCACGAUUGAAGUCCCCCGAGAUGAAGAAUUCAGUGCCCUGAAGAAUGCGGACAGCGCCGGGAAGGAUUGCGCCACGACGGCCCGGGCCGAUAUCUACCGGCUACAUCGGAAGUAUAUCGAAGCAGCUGGUGGAACCGUAGACGGUACGGAGUGCGAAAUAUCUCCACUACUGUCCUAUGGCGGGGAAGGCCUUAAAGUGUUGGUGCACGGGAGGACCUUCGUCAGCCCGGUUCAUCUAAUGGCAGAUGAGGAGAAAAAAUCGGAAGUCGUCGAAUAAAUAGCUAGAAUAACGUAUUUAGAUAACAUCACAGCUUAUCAUACCUAUCUGUACUUUUUAAACACGUACUUUUUUACAUUGAACUGAAGAAAAUGUUUUAAACAGCUAAGUUAAACAAAUUUUAGCAAAUAAUGUUGAUUAGAGAUUUUUCGUAUAAUUUUAGAAUCACAGUUUGCCACUUUAAAUUAGAAAAAAAGUUCACAUUUAGUUUGAAAUGAACGAAAAUUACUGUACAAUGCAUACAGUAUCGGACAUACAAAAUUUACCAAAGCCUUUUUUCAUACAAAAUACUCAAUUUCAGAAGGCUAUAUCACGGCCAUUUCAAUUCGAUCCUUUUUACCGUGAACUACAAAUUAUCUAAAUUUUUGAGAACAAUUGAAAACAUGUGUAAAAACCAUUCAAAAGUUACAUACAGGUUGAAUUUUGACAAAAAAAAGCACGAACACAAAGAGUGACACUUAAAAUUAUCAGAAAUGUCAUAGAGUAGAUAGCUACGAAGAUCACCAUCUCGUAUGAGGAAACGGCUUUAGUGCUUUUUAUAUGUCCGAUACUGUAUGUACUAGAAAAUAAUUACCGAUCAUUAUUGUGUGCAAUGAAACGCGUUACUAAGUGCAAAACGCGAGCAUUCUGGUGUUCGAAACUAUAAGUUUCCUCAGCGUAUAUCUUAUUUAUGCCAGAGCAAAGCAAUAUAAAGAAAAAAAAAAGAGACCAUUCCUUCGUAUAUUAGGUGUUACCAAACCAUCGCACACACUAGGUAUGUAUCCACAAGAGUAGGGCGGCGUCCAAAUCGAAGUCUAAAUUAUUUGAAAAUGUUGCGCUGCAAGUUUUCCACUCGCCGCAAUACCGGUCCAAACAGCUUCCCGAUGGCCUUGAUGCGAGCCGCGUGGAUGGAUUGCAAGAGCUGUGAAUGUCGCGACCUCUCGCUUACGCUAUCGGUAUUGCGCUUGUAGAUCUGGAUAAGAAAAACGAAAUGAGUUUUUAAAUAAAAUUAUUAUUAUCUUAUUAUCAAAA